GUCAGGUCGCUGCGGCUGCCGGCUCGACACUUUCCCCACCUCACGCUCCGAGGAGAGGAGGCUCAAACCCGCAACCCCCCCCCACGUCGGUGACCAGGAGCCGCACAAGCAGCGCAGCAUCUCAUCAUCCUCAUCCUCCUCCUCAUCAUGGCGGACCAGGGCGAACCCACGACCCCCGUCCAGCCGCCGCCGCAGCAGCAGCAGCAGCAGCAGCAGCAGCAGCAGCCGUCCGUGACAGCCAGCUGGCCAAUUACCAGGGAGUCGUACGAGCUGCAGGAAGUCAUAGGCAGCGGGGCCACAGCUGUGGUGCAGGCGGCCCUCUGUACCCCCAGACAGGAGCGCGUGGCCAUAAAAAGAAUCAACCUGGAAAAAUGCCAGACCAGCAUGGAUGAGCUGUUGAAAGAAAUCCAUGCCAUGAGUCAGUGCAGCCACCCAAACAUUGUCACCUACUACACUUCCUUUGUUGUAAAGGAUGAACUUUGGUUAGUCAUGAAGCUUCUGAGUGGAGGUUCUAUGCUGGAUAUAAUUAAGCACACAAAUAAAGAAGAGGAUAAAAAUCGAGUUUUAGAUGAGCCUAUCAUUGCCACAAUAUUAAAAGAGGUUCUGGAGGGCCUGGACUAUCUGCACAGAAAUGGACAGAUUCACAGGGAUGUGAAAGCUGGGAACAUACUACUGGGAGAAGAUGGCUCUGUCCAGAUUGCAGAUUUUGGAGUAAGCGGUUUCUUAGCAACAGGAGGCGACAUGACGAGAAACAAAGUUCGGAAGACUUUUGUCGGCACGCCGUGCUGGAUGGCUCCAGAAGUGAUGGAGCAGGUCCGAGGCUACGAUUUCAAAGCAGAUAUCUGGAGUUUUGGGAUUACAGCCAUCGAGCUGGCGACAGGCUCUGCACCCUAUCACCGCUACCCUCCUAUGAAGGUUUUAAUGCUUACCCUGCAGAAUGAUCCACCCACCCUGGAGACGGGCAUCGAGGACAAGGAAAUGCUCAAAAAAUAUGGCAAAUCAUUUAGAAAGCUAAUAACAAUGUGCCUUCAGAAGGAUCCUGCCAAAAGGCCCACAGCUGCGGAGCUUUUGAAAUGUAAAUUCUUCCAGAAGGCCAAGAACAAAGAACAUCUGGUUGAAAAGCUUUUGAGUUGUGCACCAAAGAUUUCACAGAGAGCAAAGAAGGUGAGGAGAGUCCCAGGCUCCAGCGGCCACUUGCACAAGACAGAAGACGGGGAUUGGGAGUGGAGUGAUGAUGAGCUGGAUGAGAGCAGCGAGGAAGGCAAGGCAGCGGUGAAUCAAGGCAGGACACUGUACAUUCCUGCCUUCGAGAUGGCUGAGAGAGUCUGUCAUGAGGUCGCUGUAAUGAACUGGAAGAUAGCUUCACGAAGGGUGAAAGAUGAGGCCAAAGAAAGUGAGGAGGAGGCCAACAAUGUUCCUAUAGAAGGCUUGUCUAUUCAGCAUCCCCAGGUCGAACCAUAUGAGAAUACGCCCUUCAUUCAAGGUGCUGUGAACAUGGUACUACGGUUAAGGAACUCCAAAAAGGAGCUAAAUGACAUCCGGUUUGAGUUCACCCCUGGACGAGACACUGCUGAGGGCGUUUCUCAGGAACUCUUCUCGGCCGGUCUGGUCAAUGGGCACGAUGUUGUAAUUGUUGCUGCUAAUCUUCAAAAGAUUGUAGACGAUCCAGUUAAUUACAAGGUUUUGACCUUUAAGCUGGCUUCCAGCUGUGAUGACAUGGAGAUCCCAGACGAGGUGAAGUUGAUCGGCUUUGCACAGCUGAGCGUUAGCUGAUGCUCUCUUCAUGCCUGAAGCAGGUGAGACGGGGGAGACAGUUCAGGGCAGACAGACUGAGGAACACACCACCACCACUUCCUGCAAUAUCUUUCCCCUGCAUCCUCCCUGAGAACUCACUCCUCUUCCUCCUUACCUCACUCCUCCGUACCCUCCCUGAGGCCACGCUCCGCCGCCGCUCCACCUCCACCUCCUUAGCGUCGACUUCCCUGGUCACCGCCCCCUCCCCACCUUGAACCUUAACAUUCCACCUCCCAAUGCACAGUGCGGGAUCAGGACACAGCCCACAAACCAAAACAUGUACUCAGGUGGUAAAGGAAGGUUUGAGUGUUCCAUUUAAUUUAUUUAUUACACUCAUUUUUGUUUGACAUCGCAUUAUUGCUGUGUUCAGCAAAACUCUCAUUAUUUAUUGUAAUGAGAAGGUUUUAUUAUUAUUUUUUGUUCUUCUCACGCUGUUUCGUUGCCACUGUGAAAACAAAUGUGUUUUGACUCACGUCUCACGAACCCCACUCAUUUGUGAAGUUUCCUUGAGGUGUGUGUCAGAAUGUAAGAUUUAGUUCAGUUAUUCAUAGGGGAGAAGCACAUUUACAUAAUAUUAUGAAUGUCUAAACAGAGAAUGGAUUGUUUUAUGUGUCAAGACCUGUUUCACAUUAACAAGAAUGGAGCCGUUUGCUCGAGUGUGCGGGAAUAAAUGAGACCUGGAUGCUACUGUGUAUAAUUUGCUGCUCUCAACAGUGUUAACGCUUCAGAAAUGCUAGAGGUGCCUUUUUUCAUUUUUCUGUGCCUAAAGAAAGUGAGUUAGACCACACAGAGCGCAAAACCUGCUGGUCACCAUUUCAUAAAUAUAUUCCUCCAGCAAUGACACAAUUCGCGUGAACUAUCUCAACUAAACGAGACAAGCUAAAGAUGCACUUUUGGGCCGACACGCAGGUGCUCGGGCCCCAACAAAACAAGUUCUUUUGUGUGCUUUUUUGUCAUCAGACAAAGGAAACAUAACACAGACCGCAGUCAAGUAAUCUCACCUGGUUGAUAUGUGUUUCGAUGUCAGGCUAAUCAAUAAAAUCACAACCGUUGAAUUUUUUUGUUCUCUAAAGUGUUGUAGCUACUGAGCUGUACUGUAUGACAACACAUCUGAAGACGGAGCCAAACGGCAGUUACUGAGAGUGUGAUGAGCCAUUUUUUUCAUCUAAACAUGUCCAGUAGCUCUAAAUUAUUUUUAAGUCUAGAGGUGGUAAAUAUUAACUUCUUUAAAAAAAAAAUCAUUAUUUUAUGGGGUUAUUUAUUGUGUUUUCUAUGUACAGUAUGUGUAUCGUUUCAGCAUAUUAUCCCCGUUAUCUCUGUAAUCAGCUAAUGUCAAAUUUCUGAUGAGGAACAA